CUCUCCAGGGUCCCCACCCCUCUAGCCCUCCGCCCUGCCUGCUUCCCCGCGGGGGCGGAAGUGACGAACGCACCUGAGCACCCACCUAAUGUUCCCGCGGACGCGCAGCAGUGACGUUGCUGGGAGUUCCGGGGCGAGCGGGUGUUUCAGGGGUGUCGGCUAACCUCAAGCGCCCGAGAAGCGUCUGGCCUGACCUUGGGCCGGACUUGGACUGCUACUGACGCGGUAGGAGGGGCGGUCGAGGAAAGGUGCCGCAGCCGAGACGCGUGGGGCAGGCCCGAGGAUCUUUUCAAAGAAUGGAAGAAAAUAUGAAGCUUGCUACAGUGGAAGACACUGUGGAGUAUCACCUAUUCCUGAUACCAGAUGAACCAAGAGACCCAGAAAAACACAAAGAGAUUCUUCAAAAGUAUAUUGAGAGGAUAAUGACCCACUUUGCACCUAUGCUGGUCCCCUAUAUCUGGCAGAAUCAGCCUUUCAAUCUCAAAUACAAACCUGGAAAAGGAGAUGUUCCUGCUCAUAUGUUUGGCAUGACAAAGUUUGGGGAUAACAUUGAGGAUGAAUGGUUUAUUGUUUAUGUAGUAAAGCAAAUUACAAAGGAAUUUCCAGAGUUAGUAGCAAGGAUUGAAGACAAUGAUGGUGAAUUCUUGUUAAUAGAAGCUGCUGACUUUCUCCCUAAAUGGUUGGAUCCUGAUAAUAGUGCCAAUAGAGUAUUUUUCCACCAGGGAGAGCUGUGCAUUAUUCCUGCACCAAGGAAACCUGGAGCAGUAUCCUGGUUACCCUCCACACCCCCUACAAUCCCACAAGCUUUGAAUAUAAUCUCAACACACCCAGAAAAAAUUUUGGCUUCAGAUUCUAUACAAGCUGCUGUGAAUAGGCGCAUUAGAGGAUACCCAGAAAAAAUUCAAGCCUCCCUUCAUCGAGCACACUGCUUCCUUCCAGCUGGUAUUGUAGCGGUGUUAAAGCAGCGCCCCAGAUUGGUGGCUGCAGGAGUCCAAGCAUUUUACCUACGGGACCCUAUUGACCUGCGAGCCUGUCGUAUUUUCAAGACUUUCUUGCCUGAAACACGAAUAAUGGCAUCGGUCACUUUCACUAAAUGUCUGUAUGCACAGUUGGUGCAACAAAGGUUUGUGCCAGACCGGCGGAGUGGAUACAAGAUGCCUCCUCCAUCUCAUCCCCAAUACCGAGCCCAUGAAUUGGGCAUGAAGUUGGCUCAUGGAUUUGAAAUCUUAUGCUCCAAAUGUAGCCCACAUUUUUCUGACUCCAAGAAAUCCGUCAUGACUACCUCACCACUCUGGGCUGGCUUCCUUGAAAGUCUGAAAAAGAAUGAUUACUUUAAGGGUCUGAUAGAAGGUUCUGCUCAGUACCAGGCAAGGCUAGAAAUGGCAAAGAACUACUUCCAACUCUCAGUAAACCGGCCAGAAAGCUCUCUUGCUCUGAGCCCAGGUGAAGAAAUCUUAACCUUAUUACAGACCACACCAUUUGAUAUAGAAGAGCUUAAGAAGGAAGAAGCUAAUCUUCCCCCAGAAGAUGAUGACCAGUGGUUAGAUCUCUCACCAGAUCAGCUGGACCAGCUACUGCAGGAAGCUGCUGGCAAAAGAGAAGCAGAGCCCAUUUCCAAGAAGGAGGAACAGAACUAUGACUUGACUCAAGUCUCAGAGAGCAUGAAAGCUUUCAUAUCUAAAGUCUCAACUCACAAAGGAGCAGAGCUGCCUCGAGAACCUUCUGAGGCUCCAAUCACUUUUGAUGCAGAUUCUUUUCUUAAUUAUUUUGACAAGAUUUUAGGGCCAAGACCUCAUGAAUCAGAUUCUGAUGAUCUGGAUGAUGAAGACUUUGAAUGUUUAGACAGUGAUGAUGACUUGGAUCUUAAAACACAGGGGACUGGGGAAGAAGCAUCUUUAAAAGGAACUCUUAAUGAUCUCAAGUCAUACAUGGCCCAGAUGGACCAGGAAUUGGCAAAUACCAGUGUUGGCAAAAGUUUCACCACCCAGAAGCAAAUGGAACCUCUCUCCCAGACUACCAGUAAUAAUUCAGAUGAGGAAGAUUCUGGUGCAGGAGGAUCUGUUAUGAUACCAGUGGACGUAGACCUGAACCUGGUUUCCAACAUACUGGAAUCCUAUAGUUCCCAAGCUGGCCUGGCAGGACCUGCGUCCAACCUUUUACAAAGCAUGGGAGUACAGCUGCCUGAUAACACCGAUCACAGACCCACAAUGCCUGUGCGUAUCUCCAGACUGAGGAAGGAACAGGGAAGUCAGCACUGAAGAGACUCUGGACUUUUAUUCCAGGCACCCAACUAACUGAAUUUGUGACCUGGGGCUGUUACCUAGCUUGUCCAAGCUUGGUGUCUGUCUCACUUCUCACAAGGGAAGGAAGGAGAGAAAAUGGAUCUAAAGUGUAUUACAACCAUCAAGUUUUCACAUACUAAUUCUCAGGUCCGUUAGACUGCAAAAUCCUUAAGGGUUGGGAUUGUAUCUUUCCCUAUCUAUAGCAUCUAGCACUGUCCUACCACAGUGUAAAACACAAUACAUGUGAAUGAAUGAAUGAAUGAAUGAAUGAAUUUAUCCUAUUUUACAAGUGAGGAAGAUAAAGGUUUAACCAAUCUGAAAUCACAGUUUAGAAAGCGGUAAUUUCAAACCCAGGGCUACAUGGCUCCAAAACCCAUGUUUUGAUGCAAAAUACAUGGGAAAGCACUUUUUAACAUUCAUUUUUAACAUUCAUGUUUUUAAAAAGUACAAAGACUAAUACAGAUGAAAGAAUAUUAUUUUUUACCAAAAACUAUUCAAUGAGGAGGUAAGACUGUUAAGAUUAACAAUUUCUCCCAACCUCCUGUAAUAAAUAAUUCCCACAUUUCUCAUCCUGUUCAUCUUAACUGAAGAAAGAUUACUUUAUAAAGCACUACAACAUGAAGAAAAAGCCCAUCUCGAAUCUCUGUGGUACAUCUACAAGGAAGUUUGGUAGUGUUUGAGAGAGCCCUUUUCAGACAGUCUGUCUAUUCAUUACUGUGGACCUCAAUGGAAUGAGGAAAUAUGCAAAACUGAGGAUACAGAUUUCAAGGUCUCACUAAGUAGCUUUAUGGUUUGCUUUUUAAACAUUGUUUCCUCCCUUAAUUCAAAUAUAAUCCAGGCACAAUGCAAAGAAGUUAGCAAAUUCCAUUUUUAAAUGACUCUCCAAGAAAGUAUCAGAAAAAUAUUAGCUUCAGUUACCAGGUAAAACUGUGGUCAUUCCCUGGUUUCUUCAAGAAGUAAGGGAGACUAAGCUAAAAUUACAAAAUGCUGUGACCGAGAGCUUUUUUCAAGUUUUGAUUAUGUCUCCCCAUAAAAUCCCUCCUGCACUUGGAAUCUCAACAGUUUUCUGUUCUACUGUACUCACUCUGAA